AUGGCCAAAAUGCUUUUCAAGCUAACAACUGUUCUUUCUCUGCUCAUCACUUUAUCCCUUCACUGCCAAAUGGCCUUCUCAACAACUAACAUACAUGGUGAUGAUGAUGAUAGUGAUGAAGAGUACUAUGAAUUGGAUACCCCUUUGUCUCAUUUCACAUCAAGAAGCAGGUUCUUGGCAACUACAAUAAAGAAAGGGGCACAUUGCAACCCCACAGAUUACAAAAUCUGUAAUGGGGUUUCAGCAAAAAAGGGGACUCAGUUGCUUCAGUGUUGCAAGAAGAAAUGUGUCAAUGUUCUUGGAGACAUGAACCAUUGUGGUUGGUGUGGGAAAAAGUGCAAGCAAGGAGAGCGUUGUUGCAAUGGAGUUUGUACAAACAUUUUGUACAAUGUCCAUAACUGUGGCAAGUGUGACAAGAAGUGCAAACAUGGGACUCCAUGCUGGAUUGGGUUUUGUGGGUAUGCUUGA